GAAAAAGUCGAUUUCAGUUUUGUGAUUUUAUUGCCGUUCGACUGCGAGUAUUCAUUGGCGGAACCUCUGUUUCUUCCGUGUUCUUCAUCUCUUCUCAAGUCUACAAGAAAUGAGCUUACUCUUGAGAAGGCAGUCAGGAAUUAAAGCCCUUAUUCUCAAAAUCCCAAAAAACCCAUUUUCAGGAACGCACCUAAAACCCUCCCAGAACCCUCUUGCAGUCUUGAGUUCCCUAAAAAGGGUUCAUUUAUUUAAGUACUUUUCGACCCAGGCUAAGAAGUUCCCUGAGUAUGAAAUGCCCUCUGUUACAUGGGGUGUAAUCCAGGGAAGAAAGGAGAAACUUGUGUCAAGGGUCAUAAUUUGUGAUUAUUUGAAGGGUAUUGGUAUUGUCCCUGAUGAAUUGGAAGAAUUAGAACUGCCUUCCACAGUUGAGGUUAUGCGAGAGCGGGUCGAGUUUCUGCAGAAGAUAGGAUUGACGGUUGAUGAUAUUAACGAGUAUCCGCUGAUGCUUGGUUGCAGUGUGAGGAAAAAUAUAAUCCCUGUGUUGGGGUAUUUAGAAAAGAUUGGGAUCCAAAGGUCCAAGCUCGCUGAGUUUAUUAAGAAGUAUCCGCAGUGCCUUCAUGCCAGUGUGGUCGUAGAGCUCGUCCCGGUUAUUAAGUUCUUGAGGGGGCUUGAUGUUGAGAAGCUUGAUCUUGGGUAUGUAUUGAUGAAGUACCCGGAAUUGCUUGGAUUCAAGCUUGAGGGAACAAUGAGUACGUCAGUGGCUUACUUGGUAAGCAUUGGGGUCCAUCCAAGGGACAUUGGGCCUAUGGUCACACAGUAUCCAUACCUUUUAGGUAUGAGGGUUGGGACCAUGAUCAAACCGCUUGUGGAUUAUUUGGUUUCUUUAGGGUUACCAAAACAUAUCAUCGCGAGAAUAUUUGAAAAGCGUCCUUAUAUACUCGGAUAUGAUCUGGAGGAGACUGUGAAACCAAAUGUGGAGUGUUUGAUUAGCUUUGGAAUUAGGAAGGAAGCACUUGCUUCAGUAAUUGCACAGUAUCCUCAAAUCCUGGGACUACCUCUAAAGGCUAAAUUGUCAUCACAGCAGUAUUUCUUUAAUCUGAAGCUCAAGGUUGAUCCGGAUGGUUUUGCUGGUGUCAUUGAGAAAAUGCCUCAGAUUGUGAGUCUUAAUCAACAUGUGAUCAUGAAACCUGUUGACUUUCUUCUUGGUCGAGGUAUUUCUGCAGAAGAUGUGGCAAAAAUGAUUGUAAAGUGCCCUCAGUUAGUUGCUUUACAAGUCGCACUCAUGAAAAAUAGCUUCUAUUUUUUCAAGAGCGAAAUUAAUAGGCCAAUUCAAGAGCUCAUUGAGUUUCCAGAUUACUUUACUUAUAGUUUGGAGUCAAGGAUCAAACCUAGGUACCAUAGAUUACAAAGCAAAGGGAUAAAAUCUUCCUUAGCAUGGUUUCUCAACUGUAGUGACCAAAGAUUCGAAGAAAGACUGCAUGGUCAUUACAUAGAGGCGGAAACUAGAGGUCCAGCAUUUUGUAUGGGAGGGAAGUUGGAGCUGCCUGGAAAUGAGAUGGUAUCUGAGGAGGAGGAUGAGAGUGAUGAUGAAAUACUUUAUAGACGUACUGUUUCUCUAUAGAAAAGUGAGUUUUUCCCAUGUUUAUUUUUUCACAAACGUAGCUCUGGUCAAGGUUUGAUACCAGUUAAUGAUAUUUGAUUUCGGUAUCAUUCUCAUCUUUAUCUUCGUUACGUAAAGCUUAGAUUUUUGUGGUUUUGAUUUUUUAAAUUGAUUAGGAAUUUUUAUUAUGGCAUCUAUAAGUAAAUAUCAUUAUACAUGAGAUACUUCUUACACACGUAUAAAACAGUUUUAGGCUUAGAAAAUCUG